ACUCCUCUAACAGAUUAAACAUGGCGCCGUCUCACAUUUUACGGUGCUGUCAGCGGAGUUUGUCCUGGAUCCCUGUCGUGUUCAUCGUCCUGGUUGUGUGCUGGUCCUAUUACGCCUACGUCGUCGAGUUGUGUGUCUUUCGUUCUGCUGAAAUGGCCAGGAAAUUUGCAGCAGCGUGUCUCGCAGCAGCUGUCAGAAGUGUUAAUAAAAUGCAAUGAAUAAUGCAAGGAGUGCAGCGGACAGUGCAGUGAAUAAAGCGAGGAGUGCAGUGGACGAAGCAAUGAGUAACGCAAGGAGCAGACAGUGAGGCAAAGAAGGGGACACAAUCCCAAAGACUGAAGAGCAAGUCGUCUAUCUGACGGGGUUCCACCUCUUCUUCCUCAUGUUUGUGUGGUCGUACUGGAUGACCGUCUUCACCAAACCAGCUAACCCAUCCAAAGAGUUCAGUCUCUCCAAAGUGGAUAAGGAGCAGUAUGAGACAGCAGAGCGUCCUGAGACUCAGCAGGAAAUCCUGAGGAGAGCAGCCAGAGAACUUCCCAUCUAUACCCGCACUGGCACCGGAGCCAUCCGGUACUGUGACCGCUGUCAGGUGAUCAAACCCGAUCGCUGCCACCACUGCUCCGCCUGUGACGUGUGUAUUUUGAAAAUGGAUCAUCACUGCCCCUGGGUCAAUAAUUGUGUCGGCUUUUCCAACUACAAGUUUUUUGUGCUCUUCCUGGCCUACGCCAUGCUCUACUGUCUCUUUAUCGCCAGCACCGUGCUACGCUACUUCAUCAAAUUCUGGACGCUUUGCCGGAGGAGAUCAGCUGAAAGUUGUCCCCAGAGCGAGCUGCCUGACACUCAGGCUAAAUUCCACGUGCUGUUCCUGUUCUUCGUGUCGGCCAUGUUCUUCAUCAGCAUCCUGUCCCUCUUCUGCUACCACAUGUGGCUGGUGGGGAAGAACCGGUCCACUAUAGAAGCAUUCAGGGCCCCGGUGUUCCGAAACGGCCCUGAUAAGAAUGGCUUCUCCCUGGGCCUCAGUAAGAACAUUGCCCAGGUGUUUGGAGACCAGAAGAGGUCCUGGUUGCUGCCUUUCUACUCCAGUCUGGGUGAUGGCCAUAUCUUCCCAACACGGCUGGUCAGUUCUGACCCAGAGCAGCUACCCGCUGACCUGCAUGCUUGUUCUGACAGUGAUGGACAGACCUACCCCAGACCUCUUAGCGAAUCCCAAAACCACCUCCUAUCCAAUGACGUGCAUUUUGUGGAUGACGUCCCCAGCACUGAUGCCGGACAGACAGUGAGAGUCACCAUGGAGAGCGAAUCAUAGCCAGAUCUACAGGCACUGCAGAGGAGCACAGUCUGCCUCCUGUGCAUAGAAAUCGAACCUCCGACACGCUGGUACAGCAGUCAAGUCUGAUGCCUUAAGUCCCACAGGGCCCUGCCUCCGUCGCCAUGGUUACCGCAUCCUCAUCACCGCGAACAGAUUCCUGCAGGCACGUGAACUUCAGCGCCGCCCAGGCUAUUGGCGUGUUCAACGCGCGUGCCGUCCUAAGCUGAUGUGUCGCACCUCUCCUCCCUGGCUCACACUCGUUCCACAAGGACCCCCUAAUGCCCCCACCCCCCCCCCCCCACCAGCACAGAGGGAUGGGGCUGUGUGUUUAAACGAAACUCCUCCUUGGUCUCAGCCAAAAUGUUCUCAGAAUUUUUACUCUUCAUUUUUGCAUCAAAAUUCUCAGCAGGAAUAAUGUCCGCUUGCACUACAGAGUCUGUGGGCAUCGUCGUCACGCAGGGCAGUGCAGAGUGCGGAGGGUUGCAGAUGCAUUUCAGAUGGUGCUCAGGUGUAUCUGGCCGUGUUUGGGUGGGACUUCCUAAGGGCUCUUGUGUCUGUUUUUGUGUGUGUGUGUGUGUGUGUGUGAGAUCUUACACCCCCUGGUGUCUAGGUGAGAGGGGAAAGUGUUACACCAAGCCCACCCCUUCACUCUGCAGUGUAAACAUUCCUGAGGUGACACCCACACUCAUGGGAACUCGAGCGAGGAGCCCCUGUUGUGCCUUCAGCACAGAGUGCGUUACGCCCUGCAGCGUACGAAAAGCCGGCUCUUCAUUAGUUUGCAUGAUUAAAUGUUAAUUUCCUGUGGAAUUCACCCUGACCAUAGAACCACAGGAAGAAGCUUGUUUACAUCCAUCCGGGUCAUCCAUUCGGCACACUCCCUCGUACCCAGUCCUGUCAACCCCCGCCUGGGCAUGGGGGUGAGAUCUCUGGCACAAUAGGAGUCUCAAUACUGCACCCCCCCCCAGGCUGAGACAGCUCUUUAGUGAGCUCGAUAUGUUGCUCUGUGGGUUAGGCUGCUGUGCCUGUAUUCAGAAGGUUGUCGGUUCAAAUCCCGCCUUUAGCAGUUUAUGGUACAUAACCUGCAGUGUACUUUCACAAAAAUAUGUGUCUGCUAAAUGCACAUAAUGCCAUCAGGAUGUAGUCGCGUGCGAUCAGGAUCAGUACUGCAGCAACACAAACCGCUUUAACAGUUGAGUGUGUGUGUGUGUGUGUGUGUGUGUGUGUGUGUGUGUGUGUGCGCAAAUUCAGAUUGUGUGGCAGGUAUUAUGGUAAUGCAGUGGACUGAUCUCCAGGGGGCGCUCCUUGUGCACAAGGGGUUUGGUGCUUAUUACAGUAAAAGUGCUCUACACUCCUCUCAUGUGACCACCAUGUCAGAGCUAUGGGUUUCCCUCCAAAGAAAUUACAGUCAUAAAAAGUCAAGGAAAAUCUCAUACCACUUCACAUAAAUCAUUUUUUAUAAUUAAUGUAACCUUUUUAAAAAGAAUUUUAAAGCCCGGUUCUGCAUGUUCUCUACUAAGUAUUGACUCUAAUCCAGGUUUUUGUUUUCAUUUGUAAGAGCCCGUUAAAAAGGGUAUUUGUUUGCACAAACCUUUCUUCAAUUCCUAUCAGUGUUAAAAUUUUGUGUAAUUGAUUGUCCAUGUUUUUGUAGGUGAAAUUCACCAGUAACUGAAUGUGGAGACAAAUAAAUGCUGGUGUUCAGUC